GAAAAAGGGGGGGGGGGAGGAAAAAUAAAUAAAAAUAAUAUAGCCGGGAGAGCGGAGAGCUCGCUGGGGGGGGGGGAGGCUGCCGGCGGCGGCACCAGCGGCACCAUGUCGGCGGGCGGCGACUUCGGGAACCCGCUGCGGAAAUUCAAGCUGGUCUUCCUGGGAGAGCAGAGCGUGGGGAAGACUUCCUUGAUCACCAGGUUCAUGUACGACAGCUUUGACAACACCUACCAGGCAACAAUUGGCAUCGAUUUCUUAUCGAAAACCAUGUAUUUGGAGGAUCGAACAAUCAGGUUGCAGCUGUGGGAUACUGCGGGUCAGGAACGUUUCCGUAGCCUCAUUCCCAGUUACAUCCGUGACUCUGCUGCUGCUGUAGUAGUUUACGAUAUCACAAAUGUAAACUCGUUCCAGCAAACAACAAAAUGGAUCGACGAUGUCAGAACGGAAAGGGGCAGCGAUGUCAUCAUCAUGCUGGUGGGAAAUAAAACAGAUCUAGCAGAUAAGAGGCAAGUGUCCAUUGAGGAAGGAGAAAGAAAAGCCAAAGAGCUGAAUGUAAUGUUCAUCGAGACCAGUGCAAAAGCAGGAUACAACGUAAAACAGCUUUUCCGACGCGUGGCAGCUGCCUUGCCUGGCAUGGAAAGCACACAAGACAAAAGCCGAGAAGACAUGAUUGACAUCAAACUGGAAAAGCCUCAAGAGCAGCCUGUCAGUGAAGGAGGCUGCUCCUGCUAAUAGCGCGCGGCUCCUGCCUUUCUCCAGAACAUCACUGCUCCCCCUUCCCUCUACUCUUCAUUGACUGCAGUGUGAAUAUUGGCUUGAACCUUCCCCUUUCAGUAAUAACGUAUUGCAGUUCAUCGUCGCUGGCUGUCUCGUGGAGAUGAUCUAUUAGCUUCACAAGCACACACACACACACAGGAAAUGUCAGUGUCUUCAUUAUUUAUAAGAAAGAAAGAAAGAAAAAAAAAAAAAAAAGCCAAAAUAUUCCAGCGCGUUCUAGUUAUAA